GUCUCACAGUCUUUCCUUCUGGGCGACUUUUUUAGGGAAAAAGCAGAAACAGCAGAAUUAAGAGCAACUCUGAGACUCGGGGAACUGGAGCUGAAGGAAGAAUGGCAAGAUGAAGAAUUCCCUAGAUUGCUUCCAGAGGAGGUUGGCCCUUCUGAGGAUACUGAAGACCCUCAAAGAGACUCACAAGCAGGUACCCCAAGUACUUUAGCCCUGUGUGGUCAGCGUCCCAUGCGUAAGCGUCUUUCUGCCCCAGAGUUGCAGCUGAAUCUGACUGAGGGGCUUGGAGCUUCUCCUACCCACUCUGCAUCUUCUUCUUCUAAUGGCAGUUCAGAUCUGGAGGUAGACGAAUUGGAGACACCUUCAGACUCGGAGCAGCUGGACAGUGGACAUGAAUUUGAAUGGGAAGAUGACUUGCCCCGGGCAGAGGGUCUGGGGGCCAGUGAGGCAGCUGAAAGGCUGGGCCGGGGUUGUGUGUGGGAUGUGGCUGGAGAAGAUGGUCGUCACUGGAGAGUGUUCCGAACAGGACAGAGGGAGCAACGUGUGGACAUGACUGUCAUUGAGCCAUAUAAGAAAGUCCUGUCUCAUGGAGGUUACCAUGGUGAUGGACUCAAUGCUGUCAUCCUCUUUGCUUCCUGUUAUCUACCCCGAAGCAGCAUUCCCAACUACACUUAUAUCAUGGAACACUUGUUUAGGUAUAUCGUGGGAACUCUGGAGCUUCUGGUAGCUGAAAAUUAUCUGCUUGUUCACUUGAGUGGAGGCACAAGCAGGGCCCAAGUUCCACCUCUGAGCUGGAUACGUCAGUGUUACCAUACCUUGGAUCGGCGACUCCGGAAAAACCUACGAGCCCUGGUGGUUGUCCAUGCUACAUGGUAUGUGAAGGCAUUUCUGGCACUGCUUCGACCCUUCAUCAGUUCCAAGUUCACACGAAAGAUCCGUUUUUUGAACAGCCUGGGGGAGCUGGCCCAACUCAUCUCCCUAGAUCAAGUCCACAUCCCUGAAGCUGUCAGACAGUGAGUCCUGCACUUACCGAUGAAAGUUU